CCCCGGUCUGGCACGUUCCUAGCCAAAUUCUCCACGGUGUAAAAUUGGAUCCCCCCCCUUGUUUUUUUUCCCCCCCACGAAACUAAAAAAAAUCCCCCCCUGCAAUUCACUGCAACCACGUACACGUUUGCGCUCAACGCACAUCUCCAGCAGAAAACCUCAGAAGAUGGCGGUGGUAAGCGGGAUGUCGGGGUCGGCUGUAGCCCGGCUAGAGGGCCGAGAAUUCGAGUAUCUAAUGAAGAAAAGGUCGGUGACCAUCGGCCGCAACUCGUCGCAGGGCUCGGUGGACGUCAGCAUGGGACACUCGAGCUUCAUCUCCCGGCGGCACCUGGAGAUAUUCACCGCGGGAGAGGACGGCACGGGCACGGGGGACUUCUACCUCCGGUGCCUGGGAAAAAACGGGGUGUUUGUUGACGGGGUGUUCCAGAGAAGAGGGGCUCCACCUCUCCAGCUUCCUCGAAUGUGUUGUUUCCGUUUCCCAAGCACAAGUAUAAAGAUCACGUUCACAGCCCUGUCCAGUGAUAAGAAGGAGCCAAGGAACGUGCCGGAAUCACCGGUCAAGCCCGUCCAACCCCAAAUCUCCCCGCUGACCAUAAACAUUCCUGACAACAUCGCCCACCUCAUGAGCCCACUGCCUUCGCCCACUGGCACCAUCAGUGCAGCAAACUCCUGUCCAUCAAGUCCACGGGGGGCGGGACUCUCUAGCUACAGGACAGGCCGCGUUCUGGCCUCCGACCUCAUAGGAGACAACUCCCACUCAGAAAACGACAAGGAGGCCUCGGGUGAAGACAGCCCAAAGGAUGACUCCAAGCCUCCAUAUUCCUAUGCGCAACUAAUAGUCCAAGCUAUCACCAUGGCCCCGGACAAACAGCUAACACUAAAUGGAAUAUACACCCACAUCACCAAGAACUAUCCGUACUACAGAACAGCUGAUAAAGGCUGGCAGAACUCGAUCCGCCACAACCUGUCCCUGAACCGGUACUUCAUCAAAGUCGCCCGCUCGCAGGAGGAGCCGGGCAAAGGCUCAUUCUGGAGGAUCGACCCCUCCUCCGAGGGCAAGCUGAUAGAACAGGCCUUCAGGAAGCGCCGACCCAGGGGCGUGCCUUGCUUCAGGACCCCAGUGGGACCCCUUUCCUCCAGGAGCGCCCCAGCCUCUCCAAACCACACGGGAGCGUUGUCUGCCCACUCCAGUGGGGUGCAGACCCCGGACAGCCUGUCCAGAGAGGGGUCCCCGGUCCCCAUGGAGCCAGAGCCAACCCCUCCACCAGCCCCCACCCAGACCGCCACAGUCCAGCCCAAACUUGCCGUAAUCCAAGAGGCCCGCUUUGCACAGAACUCCUCUGGCUCCCCGCUGAACAACCAGCCAGUGUUGAUUGCCGUGCAGCGCCAGAUGCCUCAAACGACCAUGAAGCCUGUGACCUACGCCGUGGCGACGCCAGCCAUCGUAACCACGACGGGUAGCCCCGCCCCUGUCAUGCAAACGGUGCACGUCGUCCACCAGAUUCCGGCGGUCACCAUGGCGACCGUCGGCGGACAGUCCACCGCCGCGGUGAGCUCAGGGCCUCAGGCGAAUGGCGGGGGGGAGCACCAAGAGAUCAAAGUGAAAGUGGAGCCACUGCCGUCCAUCACGGCCUCAUCUUUAAGCGGAGUCAGUCGUAUCAUACAGAGCUCUCAGGCUGCUCCCCUGACAACGGUCACCAUCGUGCAACAAGCCCCGCUCGGACAGCACCAGCUCCCAAUAAAGGCCAUCACACAGAACGGGACUCAUCUGGUCCCCAUCACUACUGCUGCCAGUGCAGCGGUCGCGAACCCUCUCCAUCUCCUGGCGGCCCACGCCUCCGCCUCAGCAUCCCUCCCCACCAAGAGGCAGAACGGAGAACUGCAAGACCAGCCGGAAUCCAAGCGGGUGAAAACGGAGGACGGAGUCGAGGGUAAGGCAGCGGCGGCAGCAGCCGUCAACAACAACAACGGCACCACGGACAGAGCUGGAGAAGCAGGGCUCAGCGAACAGGUCGGCGACAAGUAGCCUCCCCACUGACCUGCACCCUGACCCCUGCUCUCCUGUACGCAUUGAGCCUCACACCUUCCAUACUCUCGCCCCCAUCCCUACCUGGUUAUCAUCUACUUCAAGGUGCCAAAAAAGAGAAGAGACGUGGAAACACAAGCGGGACUACAGAAUGUGCAAACCCCCCCCCACACACACGCACACACACACACACACACACACACACUUCCAUAUAUUUAAGACCAUGAAAUACGAUGCAAAAACUACCGACCAAAAUUGAAAAUGGAAGACGAGAAGAGCUGCUGACGACUGUGAAGCCCUGACGUUCGCGACCCAGAUGGCCCCCAGAAGAAAAACAAGAUUUAGAAAUCCAGAUUUCCAAAUGAAAAGAAAAAACGAAGAAAAAAAAAACCUUAUUUGACGAACGAGGAGUCGUGACCCCUCCCCCAAAGACAGAGAGGAGCCUGAUCCCGGUAGCAUUAAAGACGAGCGCGAAACUGCGCGUCGGAAAAGGAAAAGUCAACAAAGUGAAAUCACCGGUAGCGUAUUCUGCAAAAGGGAAGUGUGUGUGUGUACGUUUGUGUGUGUACGUCCGAGUGGACAUUCCCAUCUUUCGGCAGCUAGCCUCCACGUCGACCUACCUAACCCAGUUGUGAGUAGAUAUGCAGUAUUCCGUCGUGCAAGUGUACCCGUGGAUCUUUUUGAGUGUUUCUCCGUUUCCCAAGGCACAGACACUCUCUAGUAAUAAUUAAAGAUAACUAAAAAGCUAUAAGUGGGGUCUUUAAGAACAUUUAAACAUCACAACAUUAAUAUUUUGGGAAUCCUUUUUUUUUUGUUUUGUUUAGUUUUUGUACGUGGACUCUUUGUUCAGUGAAAUGAAUGUAGUCUCCUUUUUUUCAUUUUUUUUCCUUUUAAAGAAAAACACUAUCUAUGGAGUGGAUGUUCCCCCCCUGCCCAUUCAUGCUAAUGAAAUUUCUUUAUCACUGUACAUCGACAGAUUUUUUUCAUAUUUUACAAAUAUCCUAUGAGAUAAACUAUAUUCCCAUGCGUAUUUGACCAUAUGCUUUUCAUCAAGCUUGCAUGUUACGGAUCUAGAGACAAAUGUACUUGAGCAGAUUUAACUGAAUAUGGAACUGAAGAAAAUUUAGACUGAAUCUACGCUAUAUGAUUCUGACCAGUGCUGCACUUAAACCCUCUUAGUUCUUAGUUUUGUUUUUUUAAUUUUAGUUUUGUUUUCAUUAUUUUGCUCUCAGUAUUCCCCCCCCCCCCCCCCCCCCCCCCCCCAUCAUCAUUGGUUGUUUGUUACCUUUGUGUUGAAGUCAGCCGUCUCUUUGCUUGAUAAUUUUUAUUCUGUUCAGGCUACGAAAAAAAAAAGAAAAGUCUAUUCAGAUUGUAUUCUAUGUUACACGAGGAAAAACAAGUGAUAGGUGUUUGUUCUGCUUCAGUGGGUAAUUAUUUUUUUUUCUUUUCUUUUUUUUUAUAAAUUUAUUUAAAACACACGACCUCUCGAUUUGUAUUUCUUUGAGUAAAAGGCCUCGUCUGCGGGGCAAACUCAAUCUG